AUGUCAGAUCUGUGGAAUGAGUACACAGCGAGGACACGCGAAGCCCCGAAGGGCGAACCGACGAGGACACGCGAUAGGGAGGUCUCACGCGCCUCUGAUACGAUAGAAGAGGAUAAUACACCAGUGAGUAAGAGCGUGCUGUUGCUUUUGAGGGCGUUUGAUCAGCCUACCCAGAGGGAGGAGGAGUACGUCGUCAACCGAAGAAGGAUGUUGUCCGCUGCUAGAGAGACUAAACGACGAUUGAACAAGUUCGAUCGAGUUACCACGGAGAGGAACAAGUAG